GCCUUUCGUCGCCGCUGGUCGACGUUACGCUUUUACAGUUCAAAAUCCAAGCACUUACCGAGAGGAUCGAAGGCCCUAGCCAUUCGUAAAGCCCAAAGGAUCUAUUAAGACCUAUAGCUAUACCGUUAUCAAGCCAAAAAGUUACUGAGAAGCAGGCGCGCCGUGAAAUUUUACUUGUUUAUAUAAUAAUCUGUGGCUGCCAAGAAGCCCACAGAAUAUACACAAAAUAUUCAUUUUUCUGCGGCUGAUCGUUUAUAUUUUUUCAGGCUAAAAAGCAAGAAAGAGAAACCAAGCAUUUCUGCGUGUUAUGUGUUAUUGUUGUGAUCUGUGAUCAGUGAUCAGUGGAACAAGCCAAGUGAAAGUGAACACAAGAACGAAAGAAAAAGCAAAGUGAAGCAACUAGAGUCCUCGCAGAAAAGGGAUACAAAUCAGAGAUCAUGUCGGACAUUGAGGAUGUUUUCGGUGGCUCCGCCGAGGAGACCAAGCCCGAGCCCGAUGCCCAAAGCAAAACCAGCGUGGUCACCGAACAUACCGAGGAGGUGAUCCCCGGCGAGACCGAGAAGAUGGUCACCGAGACCAUCGAUGAGGACGGCGAUGUCGUGGAGGAGACCACCGAAGUUACCCGCAAAACGGUGAAGCGCACCAUGAAGAUUACUGAGACUUCAGCCACUACAAAGACAACCACUCUCACCACCCCGGCCAAACUUUAUGGCAAGGAUCUGAGUGAGUACGAUGAUGUGGAUGUGGAGAGCCUGCUGGCCCAGCUCUCGCCCGAGGAGAUAAGCAUACUGGCCAAAGAAGUGGAUCCCGAUGAUAACUUCCUGCCGCCAGACCAGCGCAACAGCUAUGAGUGCACCAAGGAGGCCACUGGUCCUCUAAACCGGAAACAGCUGAUCGAGCACAUCAAUAAGCAGGCCAUCGAGACGCCCGAUCAGCCUGAGUUCGAGCCCUAUGUUCAGGGCAAGGUCCGUGGCAAGAAGUGGGUGCCCCCGCCAAGGGAUGCCCGCGAAAUCGAGGCCGAGGAACAGAUCGCCAUUGACAUGGGCGAGGAGUACGAGCACGCUCUUAACGAUGCUACGCAGGAAGAGAUCAUCGAUCUGGCCGCCAUCCUGGGUUUCCACUCGAUGAUGAACCAGGACCAGUACCACGCCUCCUUGCUCAACAAGGGACAGCCGGUGGGCUUGGGAUGGGAUGGCAUCACAAAGUCCACCCAGCAGAAGCUCUUCCCCAUGGAUCCGCCCAACAGCACAGAUGUUGAGGAGUCCAUCAAGCGGGUCAAGGACGAUGACUCCAAGCUGAUCGACCUGAACUUGAACAACAUUAAGAACAUCUCGGACGAGAAGCUCGAGCAACUGUUUGCCGCACUGCCUCAGAACGAACAUCUGGAAGUCCUCUCGCUGACAAAUGUCGGCCUCACCGACAAGACAGCUCUCCUUUUAGCCGAGGCCAUCGAGAAGAGCAAAACCCUGAGAGUAUUAAAUGUCGAGACCAACUUCAUCAGUCCGCCCGUGAUCGUUAAGCUGGUGCAAGCCCUGCUCAAGUGCCACACCAUCGAGGAGUUCAGGGCCUCCAAUCAGCGAUCUGCGGUGCUGGGCAACAAGAUCGAGAUGGAGAUCACCGACCUGGUGGAGAAGAACUCGUCGCUGCUGCGCCUCGGCUUGCACCUGGAGUUCAACGACGCCCGCCACCGAGUGGCCGCUCACCUGCAGCGCAACAUCGACAGAAUCUUCCGCGUUCAGAAACUCAAGCCCAAUCUGCCGAAGCUGAUCCUGCCGGGCAACAUGGAGAUCGAGCGGGAUCUGGUUUCCUAUAACCGAUCGGCUACGCCCUCGCCGUCGCCAUCGCCGCAGCCUCCGGCCGACUAUGAAGUGGAAGAGGAUCCGGAUAAUAUGGUCAUCCGGGGCGGCGGCGAUGCCUUUGAUCCGGAGAUCGAUCCCGACAACAUGGUGGUGCCGGGCAGUCGGUCCGUGACACCAAACUACGACGAUGAAGGCGUCUACCAAGCGCACACUAAGAAAAGAUCUUGAGUUGCGACUGCAGUUCAGAUUUUUCAAUAAUCUGCAUAGAAAGUCGACAAGAAUUCAAUAAGCAGACCAGAAAGCAAGCAACUAAACCAUUUUUAAAGCGUUUUGUAAUCUAAACCCAAAGAACCGAAGAAAAACAGAAGCACAUAACAACGAAAGAACGUGUAUAAUACUAUAUACUAUAUAUAUAUAUAUAUAAAGAAGAAGGAAGCAGAAGCAGGAGCAGAAGUUUAAGCUAAAGAUAAAGCAGCCCCGAGCUUGCCAAAAAAUAUCUAUAUACUCUAGAGACUUUAACUAAGCAAAGCAAACUGAAACCAAAGAAACGAAGUGAAAUAUCAAACUAAAUACAUAUAUACCAUAUAUAACGCAGAUCGAACAGGCUCAUGGACGAUGGGUACACCUUCCACCUGGGCGUACCCAUGUCCAUGAGCUGUGUUCCAAGUCGAGACCUCUUCUAUAACCCAGGAGAAAUCGUUUAGGCGUCACGUGUAUAAUUUUAUCUAACGCUUAACACAGGAAUUAAACUGCGAUGUAUGAUCUAAGUGAGUCCCCAGAUCCGAGUCAGUGUAAGGCGAAAGUAGCAGAAACCCAUAACAAACCUAGAUUUGAGACACUUUUAUGAUUCAAUAAGAACCACCAACUAACAGCAGAGCAAUAAGCAAUAAGCCAGCACCACCGACAACCAGAGCCAUGAAAAAUCAACAAACAAAAAUAUUAAACACGAUGCAGAGUAUCUCAAACAGACGAAAAUACGUGUGAAACGCCUGAACCAGCGUAAAUAAAAAGACAAAUUACGAAAUAUGUGCAGCAAGCUACCAACAACAACAUGCCACCACCACCACCCAAGAACAACAAUCAACCAGAAAGCCAUCUCUAUGUGUGUGCGUUUUGUCCGACUCCUGAUUUGAUUACCAGAUAAUUACCAAUUAACAAGCAAACCCAGCAAGAAACCAAGACACCAAGAACACCACCAGCAAACCAGAACAACAACAACAUGAGCAGCCACGGCAACAAGAACAACAGAUCUGUGUGUCCACCCAACUCCAACUCCCCCACCAACCGACCUUCUGUACUCCCCGAAACCAAUCCACCAACCAGCUGUCAACUAACACCGAAGAAUGAUGUGCGACAUGAAUUGGACGUCAGCGUCGCAUGGGACACCUGAGCAGGAACUACACCAUUGGCGUCUGGCAGUAGGACUCAUCAGAAUUGAAUUGUGGAUAUUGGAGUCUUCAUUUCUACACUGAAAAAGAAAAUGCAAUAGCCUAAAGUAGUGUUGUCUCAUAAACUUGUUGUUGUUCUAUAUUGUUUUGUUUGGUGUUUGUUGCGUUCUUCAGAUUGACUUGAUUGAUUUCGGUUCGAGUUUGUGUUCGGUUUACCAUAUAAGCAUAAUCAUUUGUUUGUUACGAGUUAGGCGAAUGUUCAUUGUCACACACGCAGGUCGAAUCAGAUCAGCUUUCUAAAUGGCAGCUCUAAAAUAGUUAUUUCCUUAAGCAAAAUCUUCACAUUUACGCUGCAGCUAAACACACGUUUAUAGUACUUUAUUUUAUUUACCUUCCAUUCUGGCCCUUGUUUUUAGCCCCUAGACGGGAGGAUGUUUCACAAUUUAUAGUUUUAGUCGUGUUUAUAUCCACACAUGCACACAUAUGAUACAAACACAAACAUAACAUACAUAAUACUUAUACACACUAUAUAUAUAUGAUACAUAUAUAGCCAUGGUCUCUGAAACAAUUACUGCUAUUGAAUUAUGAAAAUGCUUAAACAUAAAUUUAACUUAUGGUUAAACACACAAAACAAAUGAAAAACAAUCGAUUGUAUAAUGUAAUGAUAUAUCUUACUUUGUAUGACAUAAUGCAAUGCUUUUAAAAUACAAUUUUUAAAAAUCAUGUAAAAACUUAAAAAUUAAAUAAAAAAACUACAAAAAUA